AUGGCAGAGGAACUGGAAGAGUUGUGGAAAAAACUAAAGUUCACGGAGGAGGAAGAUACUAGAAUAAAUCUAGACAGUACUAGUACGAAAGCAGCAAAAGCGGUGGGAAAGUGUUGUGCUCUAAUGAAGAUUUGGACUCAGACAAGUAUAAAUCUGGAUGCUCUGAGGAAAAAUCUGAGAAUGCUAUGGAAACCCAAUAAGGGGGUCCAAAUAUCUGAAGUAGAUGAGGAAGUUUUUCUGGUAGAGUUUGGAGAUGUGAAAGACAAAAAGAAAGUGCUAGAUAUGUGUCCCUGGAGUUACGAGAAGCAACUAGUUAUAAUCCAAGAAUUUGAAAGGGAGUUAACCCCAAAGGAAUUAGAUUUAAAAUGGGUUCCCUUCUGGGUUCAGAUUUAUAAUCUUCCUUUGAAAAGCAGAACGAGAGAAACAGGGUGGGUUAUUGGUUUAAGCUUAGGGGCAGUGCUGGAGGUGGAUGUGCCAGACUCAAGUGUGCAAUGGAGUAGAUGUUUGCGGGUUCAUGUGCGCAUCGAUGUUACAAGGCGGCUGGUGCGAGGGAGGAAGAUUACCAUUGAAGGAGGUGAAGUAAAAUGGGUUAACUUCAAGUACUAG